CUUAUUGUACCAUGCCCUUCUUUCAAAUUUUCAUCUUUUAGAGAAAUAUAGUACUAGUAUAUCCCUUAGAUCCUUAAAAGAAAACACCCUCACACAAAUCUUGAACUUCCCAUUAAAAAGCUUCAACCUUUUUCUCUCUAAACUUUCAAUAAUAAAGAGAGAAAAACAUGGCAGUAUGCACAGUCUACACAGUCCAACCUCUCAACACAUCAUGUUCAAUCUCAACACACACGAAAACUCACAUAGGAUUCAACCAAAACCAACUAUUUUUGUGCACAUAUAGUAACAAAAAGACCAAUCAUAACAGAUUCAAAAGUGGUGAAAUAACAUGUUCAAGUGACACAAUAGUAAUAGGCCUUGCAGCUGAUUCUGGAUGCGGAAAAAGCACUUUUAUGAGAAGGCUAACAAGUGUGUUUGGUGGUGCAGCUUCACCACCAAAAGGUGGUAAUCCUGACUCAAACACACUUAUCAGUGACACAACAACUGUUAUAUGUUUAGAUGAUUAUCAUUCUUUGGAUAGAACUGGCAGAAAAGAAAAAGGUGUCACUGCACUUGAUCCAAGGGCUAAUGACUUUGAUCUUAUGUAUGAACAAGUUAAGGCUCUUAAAGAUGGUGUGGAUGUUGAGAAGCCAAUUUAUAACCAUGUUUCUGGUCUUUUAGAUCCUCCUGAACUUAUUAAACCACCCAAGAUUCUUGUCAUUGAAGGUUUGCACCCAAUGUAUGAUCAAAGAGUAAGAGACCUCUUGGACUUUAGUAUUUACUUGGAUAUCAGUAACGAAGUUAAAUUUGCCUGGAAAAUUCAGAGGGACAUGGCAGAGAGAGGGCAUAGUCUUGAAAGUAUUAAAGCCAGCAUUGAGGCUAGGAAACCAGAUUUUGAUGCUUAUAUUGAUCCACAAAAGCAAUAUGCAGAUGCAGUUAUCGAAGUGUUGCCUACACAGCUGAUUCCUGAUGAUAAUGAGGGAAAAGUAUUGAGAGUGAAGCUAAUCAUGAAAGAAGGAGUUCAAUACUUCAACCCCGUGUACUUAUUUGAUGAAGGUUCCACCAUUUCAUGGAUCCCAUGUGGAAGGAAGCUCACUUGCUCUUAUCCGGGUAUCAAAUUCGCCUAUGGUCCAGAUGCUUAUUAUGGACAUGAGGUUUCUGUGCUGGAGAUGGAUGGACAGUUUGACAAAUUAGAUGAACUCGUCUACAUUGAAAGUCACUUGAGCAACAUUUCCACAAAAUUCUAUGGUGAAAUCACCCAACAAAUGUUGAAACAUGCCGACUUUCCUGGUAGUAAUAACGGCACUGGUCUGUUUCAAACCAUUGUAGGGCUGAAAAUCCGAGAUUUGUUUGAACAGAUCUCAGCCAAUAAGGUCUCGUCUCCACUUGAAGCUACAAAAGCUUGAUUAUAAAUAAAUAUUUAUGAGUGUUGUAAUCCUAUAUAUAUUUAGUUCAAUUCCAUCUGUGUAUUGUAUGAAGAUAUUUGAUAUAAAGAUAUGAUCAGUUUAUAAAAGAAACACUAAAUACGAUAAUUAAAA